CAUAAACAUCAUGUAAAAAAGAUAUUGAGCAAGCAUAAUCAUCAUGUAAAAAAGAUAUUGAGCAAGCAUAAUCAUCAUGUAAAAAAGAUAUUGAGCAAGCAUAAUCAUCAUGUAAAAGAGAUAUUGAGCAAGCAUAAUCAUCAUGUAAAAAAGAUAUUGAGCAAGCAUAAACAUCAUGUAAAAGAGAUAUUGAGCAAGCAUAAUCAUCAUGUAAAAGAGAUAUUGAGCAAGCAUAAUCAUCAU